CCGGCUCCUGGUUACUCUCUAGCUUACUCAUUGCUGGGCGGUGGGGGAGGGCGCACCUCGUGGUGGCGGCGAAGGCAGCCGCUUGCUUGCGCUUGCCUCACUUCGCCAGGCACAAGUUACAGAACAAAGAAAGCAGCAGCAGCCCGAGCGCGCCGCUCUCAAGUUACUUGUCUCAGCUCCCCGCCGGGGCCGGAGGACCCUGGCCAUUCCGCCCUCUCGACGCCCUCCCUCAGAAACAACUUGCCGGAGAGUUGUUGUGUGGAGGUUUGUGGGGGUUUUUUUUGGUCUCCCACCGCCGCAUUUCCCCCCAAGUUUCUCUUUGCUCCCCCUCUCCCGUUUCUGAAAUAGAAGGAAUCUUCCAGGAUUGGGCAGAAGGAGUUUCCAGGCACCAAGAUGAAAAGUAAAAAAAAUGCUGCUGUUGCAAUAUCAGGCAGUGAGACAGAGGACGAUGACAGCAUGGAUGUCCCUCUGGAUCUUUCCUCUUCUGCAAGCUCAGUCAAGAGGAGGAGGCGGGGUAACCUGCCCAAGGAAUCGGUGCAGAUUCUUCGGGAUUGGCUCUAUGAGCACCGCUUCAAUGCUUAUCCUUCAGAGCAAGAAAAAGCACUACUGUCAAGACAGACGCACCUCUCCACACUACAGGUCUGCAACUGGUUUAUCAAUGCACGCCGCAGGCUUUUGCCUGACAUGCUGAGGAAGGACGGGAAGGACCCAAAUCAGUUCACCAUCUCACGAAGAGGGACCAAGAUGGCUGACGGCAGCCCGGUGGAAUUCUCCAUUGGCACAAAAAACUGCAUUCCACUGAUCGAGAGCUCGUUCCUCUCCGGUAGCACAGGACCAAACAAGACUUGCAAAUCUUCUUCCUUGGGAUCCGUUUUGGCUCGGCCAUCAGUAAUUUGCCACACCACCGUAACUGCACUGAAAGAUGCUCCUUUCCAUUUUGGCCAACCGGGUGGCACUGUUCAGACCCCGGAUGACCUGCAGCGGGCUUCCCCUACCAACUUCACAGACAACUCCCAUCUAUACCACGAGGAUGUGUCUAAGCUGGGACCUGGUACAAAUGCACAGAGUGGGCUUUUCAACACUCCCCCACCGACCCCUCCAGACCUCAACCAGGAUUUUAGUGGGUUUCAGCUCCUGGUGGAUGUUGCACUGAAACGGGCUGCAGAGAUGGAGCUGCAGGCAAAACUCAUGAUAUAAAACAUUCUUCAUAUUUGCCCCCCCGGGGCAGGGAUAUAACGGAAAGAUGUGGCAAUUGUCUACAUGGUAUCAAAGACUUAACUGCAUUUUUUAAUUAAUCUUAUUUGCACAAGGGAUUGCUGAAAUGAAGCUUCCUGCCACUGAAGUGGUUUUCAGUGGGAUAUGGUCAUUCCAAGAAUUAUAGACUUAAAGCUACUGUAGAAACAAAAGGGUUUUCUUUAUUUCUUUUCUUUUUUAAAAAAUAAAUGUUUUGUAGUAGGGUUUUUUUUUCAUAAUGUGAGAUGAUUCCCAAUAUCAUGUGAUUUUGUUUUGUUAUUAUUUUCAUUGUUUUUUUUCCUCUCCAGACUGUGCAAUAUUUAGAAACAAGAUUAGUCUUCAUAUCAUUCCCACGUGGAACAAAAUAUACCAACAGGCUGUCUUAAAAAACAAAUUCAAGAUUUUAAAACAUGUUUGAAUUUGAAUGAUUAUGCUUUUUCAUGAUGUAAUAAAAUAUUUUCUUUAA